AAUGUCCGUUAAGUUCAAGUUGUCCAAGGCCAAAGAAAGUGCGGUUUUGAGUCCAGCAGCAGCUAAUUGCCUGCCAGGUGCCAUUGAUGCAAAUGAUGAAACGGAAACAGAACAAGCUCUAAGUUGUUUCGAUCGCUCCUUGGAUCGAAAGCGAAAGAACGAACCCCUGGUAAUUCCGCUGAUCAAGCGAAAAUUCUUCAAAUCGGAGAAUGAAGAGGAAAAGGCGGCAGCUGCAGAGCUGUUAUCUGAAGUGAAAGAGUUAAAUGAGAAAUGGGAAAACAGGGCUGAAGGUGACAAUCCGCUUCAGUCUAAUCUGAUUGUGGACAUGAUGGCAAGCAGAGCCGAACAUGAAGGGGAACAAGACAAUGUAAACUCAAACACAAGGCCAGAAAGUUCUAAUUUGGAAGAGUACGAUAAGAUUCCAAUCAAUGGUUUUGGAAUGGCAAUGCUUCGUGGGAUGGGAUUCAAGAAAGACGAAGGGAUUGGACGGACCUUCAAACAGACUAUUAAACCUACAGAAGUUAAUUUGAGACCCAGAGGCCUAGGACUAGGAGCAACUCCAAUGGGGGGUUCCAGGGAUCCGUCUAGAAAUAAUGAAGAUGAUGAGCCGGAGAAAGCAGAACCAAAAGCGGGUAAUUUGGUUCAAGUUUUGAGAGGGCCACACAAAGGAACUGUCGGAAAAAUGGUGGGUUAUGACGGAGAUUCCACCCGCAUUUUGGUGCAGUGUGACGAAAGUGAAAGUGUUGUCAGUGUUCCACUUAACAGCGCUUCUGUAAUAACAGAAGAGGAAAAACUGAAAAGAAACAAAUCAAAUGGAGUUCGAGAAGUUACCGAUCAAAAUUCAGCCAAAUCUGAAACGAUUAGUGAAGCAAAUUAUGUUUCAAAGAAAAAGAAAUCCGAUGAUUUAGCAACUUCCAAAACGUUCAUCAAAAAGGUUCAGGAAGUUCCAUGGCUUUUACCGGACAUAAAAGUUCGAGUCAUUGAUAAGAAACUGAACAGAGGAAGACAUUACAAAGAGAAAGUGAGAAUUGUUGAUGUGAUCACGCCUUUCACAUGUGACUGUCGCACGGAUGACAAUGUCCUUCUUGAGAACCUUCCUCAGAGCAGUCUAGAAACGGUGGUGCCAAAGAUGAAAGCAUCAAAUGACAGGCCGCCUUUUGUGAAGAUUGUAAGAGGACGGAAGAAAGGGAUGACCGCAGAAGUGCUUUCAAUGGAUAAAGAGAAAUGUUUGAUUGAGGUGCUGAUUAUAGAUAUGGAGGAAGAACCGAUGCGACUGACAUUCGAUGACGCAAGCGAACUAGCUGCCAGCUGAAGGGUUUGAAGUACGAUUGAUGAAUCAACUAGCGUGGAUCAUUAACCACGUUGUACUUGGAGCAGUUGAACAUUAGUCAGCAGAAGUCCACGAGCUAAGAAGUCACGAAAAGAAAGACUACAAUGGAAAAAAAAACUGCCUCAAACACAAGUAACUAUGAUUUCGAAGUUUAAUCGAACGUAAUUUCUUAAUAUAAAAAUUUACUUUUAAGCUCAUGCGGGCAA